AUGCCUCUGUCCCUGGGAGCCGGGAUGUGGGGUCCUGAGGCCUGGCUGCUGCUGCUGCUCCUGGCGUCAUUUACAGGUCAGUGCCUUGCUGGUGAGCUGGAGACCGCGGACCUGGUGACCGUGGUGUUGGGCCAGGAUGCCAAGCUGCCCUGCUUCUACCGAGGGGAUCCGGGCGAGCAGGUGGAGCAGGUGGCAUGGGCUCGCGUGGAUGCGGGCGAGGGUGGCCGGGAACUGGCACUGCUGAACUCCAAAUACGGGCUGCACGUGAGCUCAGCCUACGAGGGCCGCGUGGAACAGCCGCCGCCCCCACGGAACCCCCUGGAUGGCGCGCUACUGCUGCGCAAUGCGGUGCAGGCUGACGAGGGCGAGUACGAGUGUCGCGUCAGCACCUUCCCUGCCGGAAGCUUCCAGGCGCGGCUGCGGCUCCGCGUUCUGGUGCCUCCCUUGCCCUCGCUGAAUCCUGGUCCGGCGCUGGAAGAGGGCCAGGGCCUGACCCUGGCAGCCUCCUGCACGGCAGAGGGCAGCCCGGCCCCCAGCGUCACCUGGGACACAGAGGUCAAGGGCACAACAUCCCACCGCUCCUUCACACACUCCCGCUCAGCGGCCGUCACUUCAGAAUUCCAUCUGGUGCCCAGCCGCAGCAUGAAUGGACAGCCACUUACCUGUGUGGUGUCCCACCCUGGCCUGCUCCAGGACCAACGGAUCACCCACAUCCUCCAAGUGGCCUUCCUUGCGGAAGCCUCUGUGAGGGGCCUUGAAGACCGAAAGCUGUGGCAGGUUGGCAGAGAAGGGGCUGUGCUCAAGUGCCUGAGUGAAGGGCAGCCCCCUCCCUCGUACAACUGGACGCGGCUGGACGGGCCCCUGCCCAGUGGGGUACGAGCAGAAGGAGACACCCUGGGCUUCCCCACGCUGACCACUGACCACAGCGGCACAUACGUCUGCCAUGUCAGCAAUGAGCUCUCCUCAAGGGAUGCUCAGGUGGUGGUGGAUGUUCUUGGCCCCGCAGACGCCCCGGGGAAGCAGGUGGAUGUGGUGUCGGCCUCCGUGGUGGUGGUGGGUGUGAUCGCCGCGCUCCUGUUCUGCCUUCUGGUGGCGGUGGUGGUGCUCAUGUCCCGAUACCAUCGGCGCAAGGCCCAGCAGAUGACCCAGAAAUAUGAGGAGGAGCUGACCCUGACCAGGGAGAACUCCAUCCGGAGGCUGCAUUCCCACCACUCGGACCCCAGAAACCAGCCGGAGGAGAGUGUAGGGCUGAGAGCCGAGGGCCACCCUGAUAGUCUCAAGGACAACAGUAGCUGCUCUGUGAUGAGUGAAGAGCCGGAGGGCCGCAGUUACUCCACACUGACCACAGUGAGGGAGAUUGAAACGCAGACUGAGCUGCUGUCUCCAGGCUCUGGGCGGGCAGAGGAGGAGGAAGAUCGGGAUGAAGGCAUCAAGCAGGCCAUGAACCAUUUUGUUCAGGAGAACGGGACCCUGCGGGCCAAGCCCACGGGCAAUGGCAUCUACAUCAACGGGCGGGGGCAUCUGGUCUGA